UAAAAAAAAUAUUUAUUUUUAUGGGCGAAGACAUUGGCCAGAUUGAUUAUGCAAGUGCAAUUAACACAAGCAAAUUCAAUGUUUUCUUUACUUUUUGGUUUAUGUAGAAGGCGUAUGUUUACGGAUGGCGCUACGAUAAAACAGGUGAUUAGUGCGUAUUUAGCGCCGCCCUGUGAUCAAGUAUCUCAAUCUCUGCAACGGGGCGUUCAGUCAGAAAUUACCGGCGAGCGUGAUUGGCCGCUUCUCCACGUGCAUUCGGUGCACUGUUUGUAUUGUUGUGCGUAAACAUUUUCGGAAAUGGCAAGUAAAACGAGAAUAAUUAAUCUGACCAGGAUGUCGAGAGUAUUUCAACCAAUGGCAACGAGCGGAUCGCUCGAGAACGGAGAAAAGGCAGAAGAAAUUAUAUCUAAAAGUCAUAGGUUAAUGGUCAAUUAUGGCAUCAUCAAACCAGUUAACAUCGGCAUGUAUGCUCUACUGCCGUUAGGAAUGCGAAUUUUAAACAAAUUAAUCGAGCUUGUUGACAAAGAAAUGGCAAAUAUCGGCGCGGAGAAAAUACUGCUCCCAGCGUUAACUUCCGCCGCGCUGUGGAAGAAGACUAAGAGAUACGAUUCCAGCAAUUCUGAAUUGUUUAAAGUUACGGAUAGACACGAAAAGGAAUAUAUAUUGGGCCCAACAUACGAAGAGGCAAUCUGUGAUUUGGUAUCGUCAGUAGGGCACCUUUCCACUAGAUCAUUACCGUUGAAAUUGUAUCAGAUUUCCAGCAAGUGGCGAGACGAGAUGAAACCGCGGCUUGGGCUCCUACGUAGCCGAGAAUUUAUCAUGAAGGACUUAUACACAUUUGAUGCUAGCUUGGAGAAAGCACGAUAUACGUAUGAUUUAGUCUGCGAGUCUUAUAAUAAUAUUUUUAGGCAAAUUGGUAUAAAGUACACGAAAAGCAUAGGUGAUGUCGGAACAAUCGGAGGCCUGAUGUCGCACGAAUAUCAUUAUGUGUCUGAUAUCGGCGAGGACAUGAUACUCGAGUGUCCCUCGUGCCAUUUCUCUAUUAAUCAAAGAGUCUCCGAGACGACGAGUUGUCCGGAAUGUAAAAGCGAACUGCAUCAGCAUACCGCUGCUGAGGUAGGACACACAUUUUUAUUAGACACAAAGUAUUCGAAGCAAUUAAAAGUGAUGUAUGUGGAGCAACAUAAAUCGAAACCUUUGGUGAUGGGCUGUUUCGGUCUGGGAUUAAGUCGUAUCAUUACGUCAGCCGUCGAAAUCUUAUCGACAAAUGACGAGCUAAGGUGGCCUCUAAAGUUAGCACCGUACACAGUAUGCAUCAUACCGCCAAAGGCUGGAAGCAAAGAAGAAAAUACGUCUGUCUAUGUUGAGCAGCUGUUCGAGGUACUCUGCAAAUACAAUAUCGACGCAAUAUUGGACGAUCGCACGCAUUACACGAUUGGUAAACGACUGUUGUUCACGCGUGCAUCCGGCUAUCCUUACAUAAUUGUCAUUGGCAAAACGGCAACCCAGUCGGUUCCUUUAUUCGAGCUCCACGACGUGAACAAUGCGACUUAUCGUGAAUUGUCAUUGGAUCAGAUAAGUGAUUACUUCCAGAAUAUAAGUUUUAAAAGUUAGAAAAAGAGAUACGUGUACAGCAUAUAAGAAAUUGAAAUGUCAGUGAAUAUUGUAUAUUUAGUACAUAUUCUUACAACAAACGACUGUACAUUUUUGUGAAUAAUAUUGAUUUAUUAUUUAUACUGUAGUCUGUAUCUUUGUACAAGGCUGCGCGUCCAGAAACAUUACUUUAUGUAAAAUCUGAACUGUACCAGUAACAGUAUACCAGAGAUAUGGAAAAUAAAAACGGUCAUUAAUAUGUAUAA